AGCCCGGGGCUGGGGGUGCCCGGGCUGUGGGUGCGGGAGCUCUGGGGGAGGGGGCGCGGGGUGGCACCUUGCAAAGCCGAGCAGCGGCGCGGACGGCGGGACUUGGGGGACAUGGCCCAGCUGUCCGUGAUCCCGGGGUCGGCCACCGCGUGGACUGGGCUCCUGACCGAGGGCGGCGGCCGCAAGGAGCCCGAGCUGCGGGAGGCGGCGUCGCUGCGGCAGCAGCGCCGGAUGAAGCAGGCCGUGCAGUUCAUCCACAAGGACUCGGCCGACCUCCUGCCUCUGGACGGCCUCAGGAAGCUGGGCUCGUCCAAGGACACGCAACCGCAUAACAUUCUGCAGAGGCGCCUCAUGGAAACCAACCUGUCUAAGCUCCGGAGCGGUCGUGUCCCGUGGACCUCCAAGACCAACAAACUCAAUCAGGCUAAGUCUGAGGGACUGAAGAAGUCUGAGGAUGAUGGGAUGAUUUUGGUUUCUUGCCAGUGUGCUGGGAAGGAUGUGAAAGCCCUGAUUGACACAGGCUGCCAAUAUAAUCUCAUCUCUUCAGCCUGUGUGUAUAGACUGGGACUCAAGGAGCAUGUCAAAUCUCACAAGCAUGAAGGAGAGAAGCUUUCUCUACCCCGGCAUCUGAAAGUAGUGGGGCAGAUUGAGCACCUAGUGAUCACACUGGGCUCCCUUUGCCUGGACUGCCCAGCAGCGGUGGUUGAGGACAAUGAGAAGAACUUAUCCCUUGGUCUCCAGACUCUCCGAUCUUUGAAGUGCAUCAUAAACUUGGAUAAGCACCAGCUGAUCAUGGGGAAAACAGACAAAGAAGAAAUCCCUUUUGUGGAGACAGUUUCUUUGAAUGAAGACAACACUUCAGAAGCAUAACUCCAGCCUGCGGCAUAUGCACACACACCAGGUUGACAGAUGGAGGAAACUGGGUUUGAACCAAAUGCAGUAGCAACUUGCUGUGGACCAAGUCCUUUUCUCUAAUAGAAGCUCCAGGGCUCCUUCCCACUCAAACCUCUCUAGACUUUAGUCUGUGCUUUAGAGAUCUUGUCUGAUUAUAGCCAUUGUUUUUUACUCCUUUGAUCACUUAAUUUCUAGACCUUUUUGACACUGCCAGGUCUCACUUGUGGCCUAUUUUUAUGCUUCUUCCAGGAAUUUGCUUUUAUGUGUCAAGUAGAGGAGCUGCCAGGUUCCAUUUCUCCAUAAGUACACUUGCUUCUUUUACGAUAGCUAAAAUGUAUAAUAUAAUAAACAGGAACCUGGCCUUUACCUCCUUUCAGCUGACUCAGAGAGGUGCAGGAUGCCUAUGUCUCAGAAUUAAUAUUUCCUCUCCUUCAUUCAUUGAUUUCUCAAGUAUGGAUAGAUCUGAAAUCUAAAAGAGCCCAGAAACAUCAUAUAAAGUUCCAGAGAGGCAAGUGAAUUGCCUAAGCUCAUAUACGGAGUCCGCGGCAGAAGGCACCCAGAACUGAGACCUGAUGAGCCAAGGCUCUGUUCAUUCUCCCUUACUACUUCAUUUGUGCCCCAGCCUUGAGAGGCAGAUGAAGAAAUGAGGGCUUGUAAAAAGGUAGGGUAGGGGAAGAGUAUGCUUUGGGGCUGGAUGCAAGGAGGAUCUGGGUAGAUCUCUUUCCUGUGCGCUAAGCCCACUAAAAGUCCCCUGACCCAAACUGACACCUUUAGGCCCUUAUCUUAGUGCUUAAAAGCUGAGGAUACAAAGAUCAAUGAGAUGUGGAACUUUUUGGAGGGGAAGAGGGGAAGGAACCACAAACAGAAGGACAUUAAUUGCUCUCUGGGAUGGAAUUGAAGGCUUCAGUAAAUAAUCUGGGCAUCAUUGUUAGACAUUAAUAUUCCCAAGAUCCAGUCGCUGUCUCGGUGUAGACUCUGGAUCUUUGUCUGCCAUGGACUCAAGUAGCUGAGAACAGGAGUAGGUAAAGCAGACCUAGAGCAGGUCUAGAAUAGAAGGGAGUACUAGGUAGAAUCAGUUGGUGGGAAGGCCUGCAUAGGGAAAUCUUUCUGGGAUGGUCAGGAUGAAACUUUAGGCCAGGUAUUGAGGAUUGGGAACUCUUCAGCUCUGUCCUGGUAUUAGGAAAGAGGCAGAGGGGUAGGCUGGCAGUAUUAAGGACAACUUUUUCUGACUGCACAAUAUUUCCUGACCUCUCUCAAAGAGCUGAAAAUCCCAGGGACUUCUUGGAACUCUUUGUUGGGGGGGGGGGGGGGGGGGGGGGGAGAGGUGUCAUCUUGGACACACAGAUACCUAUAGUGGAAUUUCCUCUUCAGUUUGGUCAUGGAAGUACCUGGAGAAGUCAGAAAAAUAGCCAGCUGUGAAUAUCUCUUUAGGAGAAUCCCAGUUCUACCCUUGAUUCAUAGCAUUAGUUCCCAGAGUAUUUAAUGGAUCCCACUUUGAACUGUGCCAGGUCCCACCAACAAUCCCUACCAAGCAGCUCUUUGGAACUAUGAAUGUUUUCAGCUUUAUGGAAACUUCCUAAAGACUAAAAGUUGGUGACCUCCACUUGAACAGCGGGUUAUCAUGGGGUCAUCCUUAGGCCCCCUUCUUAUCAGCCCCUAUAGAGGAAGUGAGAUAGAAAACUAAGCAUAGCCACAGUAGAGGAGGUCACAUUUGAAGCUCAGCAGGGGUGAUCUCAGGUGACCAAUCUUCAGUGCCCCCUCCAACUCCACCCCAUUGAAGUCUCUCUACUCUCCUCCCCUACCUCUCACAGCAGCACUUUGGCCUGCUGCUGAUCCUAGGACUGAGGUGAAAAUGCUUCACCCCUCCUUCCCUAGUUGAAAGUUCCACUCCGAGCCUUGACUCUUGGCCACAAGUGAAGCAUGUUGGAAGUUCCUGGGCCUCCUUUACCUUUAUGUGGCUUCCCUUUGGACGAGUGGACCAGGAAUUCUCAGGGAAAGAUGCGACUGAUUCUGGCCCUUUGAGUUCAGGAUUCUGAGGCAUUGGGGGGAUGAUCAGAUGACCUUUAGUGGCCUCUGAGAAUCAGUCAGUGGUUUUCUAAUUUUGAAAUAGAAACAGUUGGGGCCGUUUAAGCUUAGGGUAUCAUAGUCUCAAUGCAGUGAAAUCAUUUGAAUUUAUUUGAAUAAUUGCGCUUUAAACCUGGGGCUUGAUAGAGGUACCUUAUAAUGUCUGAUGACAAUUAUGAGGAAUCUUGAGCUCCAUUAAUCUUCUUUAAAUGCUGCUAAGUUGAUUACUCUGGUAGUCCAUAUCUCCUUGAUAUUCCUUAGGGAGCACUGGGUCUACUUUAGUGGGGCUGGUAAGGUAAGCAGGUAAGGUCAGUUCUUCUCAGAAUCCUAGAAUAUUCUCUCUGGUGCCUCUGAUGGAGGGUGUUGGAAGAGAGUCUACCUAGGUCACAGUUCUGAAGACAGGCAGUAGCAAGAAGUAACCCUGUAGAACUGGUACCCCUCGCCUUCCUUAUUAGGUGUCCAUCUCAAAUACAGAAAAGUUUAGAAAAUAUUGUUUUUGCCAUUUGGCAUUUCUAUGCCUGACUUAUUUGUGGAAUAAAUGUUUUCUGACUUUUCUAUUUCCUUGCCCUGCACAGACCCCACCUGGUAAGAUUUCCUAUCCCUUAGCUCAAAGUGUCUAUAGAAUGGAUUGCUUGGUAUGUUGGCUAUCCUCACUUCGUGUGAUAGAAAUAUCUUUCCAGGUUGGGGACAUGGAGGAGAUGGACUGGAUUCCUCCCUCCUGUUUCCAGGCCUCUGCAUUAGCACUUUAUCUGCUCAGUGUUUCUGGCUGUGUUGGGUUUAUUUGUGAAAUUGACAUAAUUAACAAUAAAGUGAAAUAUUCCCUUCUG